CGGACCUAUGCGGAAGAAGGUGGAACAGGGAUAUUGACGGGUUUGACAGGGAAACAAAUAUUUUUAUUGAGACUUGACAGAAACUAAUUAUGCCGGCCUAUCACUCAAAGUUCACAGAACCUCCUAAACUGGUAGGAAAUAUGGCUUUGAUGCCUUUAAGAACCACUUACAAAGGUCCUGCUCCAAGAGAUGCAUCAGAUUUUGAUAUUAUCGACGAGGCUAUUUAUUACUUCAAAGCAAACAUCUUCUUCAGGAAUUAUGAAAUAAAGAGUGAAGCUGAUAGAACUCUCAUAUACAUUACCUUGUACAUCACAGAAUGUCUCAAAAAGUUACAAAAGUGUUCCACAAAAUCUGCUGGCAGUAAAGAAAUGUACACAUUAGGUUUGAUUAAUUUCCCUAUUCCUGGAGAGCCGAAGUUUCCUCUUAAUGCAAUGUUUACAAAGCCAGCCAACAGGGCAGAGGAAGAUACCAUGAGAAACUACCUCCUACAGAUAAGACAAGAAACAGGCUUGAGAAUGGUAGAGAAGGUGUUCGAGCAAGACGAUAAGCCAAGCAAGUGGUGGCUGUGUUUUGCCAAAAGAAAGUUUAUGGAGAAAAGUCUCUCCUCCCCUGGAAUGUGAAUCAAGAGACUUGUUAUCCAGUAACUGGAUUUAUUGAUAUGAAUAAAAUGAAAUCUUUUUAAUUUGUACAUGUAUGAAUGUGUGUAUGGUUCCCUUCAGAGUUAGCAAAAAGUAUAAACAUUGUAUAUUUCACAAUAUUCAUCCCAUACAUCUUUCAGUUAAUGUAUCAUUGUUCUUUGUCAAACUUGAAGUCAUGAGUAUUUAAAAGUGAUGCAUGAAUAAUAUUGUAAUAAAAUAUUUGAUAACAUAUA